CUUGCGAUAUGACCUCGCCACUAGUCUUUUUUUCAGCAGUUGCUUUUGAAACUUCGAAGGUGUUGCAACGACUGGCACGCGACUAGUUGUACAUAUUCUGCACACUCUAUACCUACACACCAGUGACUGAACCCAAUAUCUAUCCGGUCAUCUUGAAUAAGUAGUAUGUCCGAAAAGAUUGCAAGUCACAGUGGAGUCACCCGACACAAUGACGUAUCAUCCAGUUCACCACCUUCAAAUGCACCCGGACGACUGAUAUCAAAUCGAGUUUUUGUUGGCAAUAUCCCGCCGAAUCUUGUUGAACGUGAUCUUAUCAUGCUGUUCCAUCGGUUUGGUAAGAUUCGCGACGUCAAAAUCAUACCAGAACACACACGCAACAAGUCUUAUGGCUUUGUUACUUUCUUCAGCGAAGCCGACGCCAGACGAGCCAUACAAGCUUCAGUGCAACAUGAUUGUGUAAUGUGGGGAGACCGUAAACUUAACGUUGCUCCAGCAAUUAAACGGGUCAACAGUAACAAUCACGGUUCACCGUCAUCUAGUUCAAACGGCUUUUAUCAGCCUUCUCGACUUGCCAAUAAUCCUUACUAUGCCAAUCCAGUGCCAGUGCCUGCAGCAAACACGAUGUACACCAACACAGGAGUUGUGUCGCCUGUUGAUGUACAACCUCAGAUCGAUCACGGACAAGUCGAUUCCAGCAAUAAUGCGAUGUAUCAGUCAGCAAUGAUUUGCCGUUUGCCUCAUCAAUAUGCCAUGACGCAGUGCCAUCAGUAUUCUUCGUCUUCCAGUGGCCACUAUUUCGUCUCCCCUGGAUUCCAGCCUUACGUCCAGUCUGGGACUCCAAUUCCAGCUGGUCACCAAGCAGCGCACUAUGCCUCUUAUGCGAGCAUCACGGCUGUGCCGUUGACACCACCGUGCUCGUCAGCUUCUCGAGAUAACAGCGUGGUCAUGGACGGCCAAUCAGACGUGUGCGCAGAUAGCAGUGCCGGUGAUGGCGGCAAUAGCAGUCAGGGUGGUGGUGGAGGAGUAGAAAAGAACGCUGUUGAAGAUUUGGGGAACGAGCCUAGUAAUGAAGCUGGCCAGCUUCACCAAACUUCUCUCACCAAUGAUUCUCCUUAUCCGCUUCACACUACCAUCAUGUGUUGUCCACAUCAUUCUUGUAUGUUGAGCCCUAUAUCACCCAUUCAGCAUUUGCCAAACCAAGCCGUUGCAGCGGCUGGUCUUGCACGUUCUUGUCUGUCACUUCACGGUCAUCCGACAGCCAAUUGUCCUUACCCUCCAAAUUCUCCGCUAAUUUACAGUUCUCCAAUUGUAUACAAUCCAGCACGCCGUUCUUCGUCCGCGCGCCUUCAGCGUUGGAAUUCUCUUGACGCAAAUUUGACAGGUCUUAGCCAUCACCCACAUCAGAAUGGUUAUUGGGGUAACGAAACAGCUUGGUCCCGCCCGUCGUUACUGGACGAUUCGUACGGCUCAGAAGCAGGUCUUUAUCAAGGACCUAGAGGAUUCGAAAGGCCUCUAAGGCCCGCUUUUUCAUGUCAGUCCCAUCACGGAGGUAUGUUUUCGCCCUUUUGUCGCUCGUUCGAGUACAAUAUUUGGGGCCAAGGCCAUGCCCCCAACAGCGGAAGCCCAGACUACGCUGAUCAGUCCGGCAGUCCUAAUACGAGUGCCACCUCCCAGGUGGGCAUGCCUGCCCAAUCUCAUUCCAAUCUGGCCCUGAAUGAAACAGGCACGGAACAGGUGCAACAACAUCCGAAGAAGUAAAUAUUAUUUUUUGUCGUAUUAUUUGAUCAUAAUUCGAACCGAUAAAGAGGAUUAAGCAGAUUUUUCUAUUAUUGAAUACCUUUCAGUUAAUCUAUUAUUUUUCCCUUCCACAAUUGAUUGUGCUUUACCUACUAACACAAUCCAUGCUAAUGAUUUUCGUUUUGUCUCCAAAUACUCCGAUCCAACCAUUCUCAUAUGCAAGUAGUUUUCAUUUUUGUCGUAUCUAUACCCUAUGAGAAAGGAGGUGGUUUGGUAAAAGUGACAAUUGAAUCGAUCCUCGUGCCUGUUUCUACUCCUUUUCUAUUCGAUUGGAAUUCACGAAUUUUUAUGUUUUGAGUUUUUUUCUUUUUGCCGCCCCAUAUCUCCCUCUUGUCUUAAUAUUAUGGUUAAUGUGCUUUCCCACCAACUUCAAAAUGCCAUGUGCAUUGCUUUAUAAACCAGAAACUUUUGAAAGUGUUAUUUGUAAUCAUAUAGUCUAAAACGAUUCACUUGGGAAUAAAUAUUGCAUGCCACUUGAUCACGAAUAAUCUUGAGCUAAGUUGCGACCUAUUUAAAAAAU